AUGAAUGAACCAAGUGAAAAUCCUGUUACCGACGAAAAACCAUCGUCAGAUUUUCUGCAUGAAUAUUUACAGAAAACUGAUUUAUCAACAACAACAAGCCUUAAUCAAUUCGUCAAGGAUCAUCAGAUUACACGCGAAGAAAAUGAAACCGAAGAAGCGUUUACUAAACGUGUGAAAAAGAUCAAUUAUCUGAAUUUAGCGCAGCAAUUAAUUCGCAAUAGUGCUCAACAUACUCAUUCACGUCAGAUCAUUAAACCUGAAGUCAAGUCAUCUACACAUGAGGAAUCAACGUCAAAACUUGUAGCACCUUUGAAACGCAUGAAACCUGUCUUUUCUCCAGCUGAAGAUCCUGAUUUUGACGAUGAAUUUGAAGUCGACGAUCAAAAUUCUCGAGAUAUCUAUGAUCAAUCAACUACAUCAUCGUCAUCUUCAAGCGAUGAUGAGGAAAUUCGUCCCCGUCAACACCGUAUCUUAUCAUUCAAAACGAAUAAUACAUUUGCAAAUGACAUUAAACAAAAACUGUCAAGUCUAGCUGCUGAUGUCGUCCGUACAUUUGGUACGUCAACUACAAUAGGCGAUGAUGAUUACACAAAGCCACUACCAACAAGUACCUCAUUUUCAUCUCGACUAUUUCCUAAUCGAAAUAAAGAUCUCACCAAUCAAAAUUGUUCGCCGAAUAAUGACAAUGCUGUUAUACAAGAAGAAGAAUUGGUUUCUUCAAAACAUACUGAUUAUCAUGAAGAUAAUGAUACUGAUUUAUUGUAUACAAACGAGAGUUUAUUACCUCAAGUCGACUGGGAUAAUCUGGAAAAACAAUUAAAACAAGCUCAGGUCGAACGCGAAAGAUACGAUAAGGUAGGAUUUGUCUCUUCUUCGUCAGCUAUUUCAUACACGAUUCGUUCAGAAUUGAAAGCCCGACUGAAUGAUCGUGACGAAAUCCGCCGGAAACUAGCAGCAGGCAAUGAAUCUGAAGGUGAAAGUGAAGACUAUUACACAUCAGAUUAUAUAAAAAAAACAAUGAUCACAACGUCCCAUCGACGACGGCAAGGUAAUGUGACUAUUGAAGAGUACAAACUCAAAUCUGCAAAUAUGUUUUGUCAACGAAAACCACCAAACAAGCGAUUCAUCUGA